AUGGGAAAACGAAAAGGUAAAUGUGUGAAAAAGAACGCAGCAACUAAACAGGCUUUAGAACCAGAGCAUUUAGUGAAGGCCCCACAUUCUUUCGUAAUUCACCGAGGCAAAUGUUCUAAAGACUUAGUGGAUUUGACUAAAGAUUUUAGAAAGAUAAUGGAGCCGUUCACAGCAUCGCAACUAAAGGAAAGAAAGAAAAAUACUAUCAAAGACUUUUUAUCAGUGUCAGGCUACUUGCAUGUAUCACAUAUGAUGGUUUUUACUGAGACAGAGCUGGGUACCUACAUGCGGCUAGCGAGAUUACCUCGUGGACCAACUUUAACUUUCAGAAUACACAAUUAUAGCCUUUCCCGCGAUGUAGUUUCGUCUCUCCGGAAACAAUAUGUGAUGUCGCGGGCCUUCAAACAUGCACCACUCAUCGUUCUCAACAGUUUCUCCGGCGAAGGUCACCACAUGAAGCUUAUGGCAACCAUGUUCCAAAACAUGUUUCCCACCAUUAAUAUUACUACAGUUAAGCUAAAAAAUAUUCGUCGAUGUGUGUUAAUGAACUAUAACCCUGCUACGAAACUCAUAGACAUGCGCCAUUACGUCAUCCGCGCCAUACCAGUCGGACUCAACAAAGGCACUAAAAAGAUGGUGCAAGGUAAAAUACCCAACUUGAAUCGAUGCAAGGAUAUGUCGGAAUUCUUCGAUAAGGCUGCGCUAAUGUCGGAGAGUGAGUUUGAAGACGACCCCAACUCACAAGUGGUAUUACCACAGAGUCUCGCUUCUCGGGGUGCCGCAGUCAAUUCGAGAUCAGCUAUACGGCUGGUGGAGCUUGGCCCGAGAAUCACUUUACAGUUAAUCAAGGUGGAAGAUGGCCUUAUGGAUGGAGAGGUCCUAUUCCAUGAACUUAUAGAGAAGACAGAUGAAGAAAAAGCACUCAUAAAGAAGAGGAGAGAAGAGAAGAGACGUCUGAAGGAGAAACGUAAAGCGCAGCAAGAGGCAAACGUUAAACGGAAACAGCAUGAGAAAGAGGAGCUCAAACAGAAGGCGCUAGAAGGUAUCAAAAAGAAGAAGGAGAUCACCGAGAAUCAGAGGUUAAUGGAGCUAGCGGCUGCCGAGUCACAGAACACUGUGGACAUGGAACAGGACGACGUUGAGGACGAUGCAGACUACUACAGGCAGGAAGUCGGGGCAGAACCAGAGCAAGAUCUCUUCAGUCAAAACACGUCGAGAAAGCGCAAAACUGACGAACAACCGCGGGGAUUUAAAAAAAUGCGACUAGAUAAGAAACUACAGAAAAAAUACCAUAAGGGCGAUGAUAAGUCGCAGAAAUCUCAUAAUAAGGGUGGUAGAAAGUUCGACAGGAACAAAGAUAGGGAAGAAAACUUUAGGAACAACAAAGACGGAAAGAAAAGAUUUAAUAAAAGAGAAGAUACAAACCGACAAGGGCACGGGAAGCAGAAGAAAGUGUUUGGUGGUAAGAUUAACAAAUUUGGAAAGAUGGGUCAAAAAGGUAAAACCAAAGGGAAGAAUAAGAAAUAA